CGGCUCAGGGGGCGGGGCCUGGAGCCGGCGCGGCCGUCGGAAGCUUCGGGACCCGGGUCGCCCUCGGCCGAACGGACCCCUCUCCUUGCGGCCCGCGCCCCUCGGGCCGGGACUUCCGAGGGGACAGGGCCUCAGCCCCCACCCCGCCCGGCCGCCCCGGGAGCGCCCCAGAACGGAUGGGGCGGGGAGGCGGAGCCGAGGCGGGGGACUUCGCCGUCCCGGCCGUCGGGCCCGUCGGGCGUGCGCCGGGGCGCGCAGGCGGACGGGACUCCUAGGGCCAUGCUGUCGCGGAGCUUCUGCUCCCGAGGGGAAGGCACGCGAGGGGACACCCCAGGACGCGGCCGGGAACGCGGCUCCUGCUCGGGGGGCCCGCGAACCCCUCCCCGCCGUCAGGAAGCGUCCACCCCACCCCGUGGUCUCGGCACUGAGCAAACGGCCCCGCCCCGUCCCGCGUUCACAGGAACCACGAACGUCACGUCCGCCGUGGCGCACGCCGGCGAUCCCAGCGCCUGCGGAGGCCGAGGCGGGAGGGCUGCCUGAGCCCGGCAGCGGAGCAUGCGGUGAGCCGCGAUCGCGUCACUGCGCGCCAGCCUGGGACGGUGCGGAAGACAAAAGCCACAUCCGCGCCCGCGCUCCCGCGACCGGCGGCUCCCGACCCGCGGCCCUCGGCCGGAAGUCACGGAGUUCAAGGCGGAAGGGGCGGGGCACCCAGGGGGCGUGGUCGGCGCGGGCGGGGCCGGAAGUCCGGCCCCUAGACUGCGCCACGUCCGAAGCGGCGGAGGCCCGGUCGGUGUCGGCGUUGAGGAGCCGGGGCAGGCACAAUGGCGGACUGGGCUCGGGCUCAGAGUCCUGGUGCUGUGGAAGAGAUACUAGACCGCGAGAACAAGCGAAUGACCGACAGCCUGGCCUCCAAAGUCACCAGGCUCAAAUCGCUUGCCUUGGACAUCGAUAGGGACGCAGAGGAUCAGAACCGGUACCUGGAUGGCAUGGACUCGGAUUUCACAAGCGUGACCGGCCUGCUUACGGGGAGUGUGAAGCGCUUUUCCACGAUGGCAAGGUCUGGGCGAGACAACCGGAAGCUUCUGUGUGGCAUGGCCAUGGGUCUAAUUGUGGCCUUCUUCAUCCUCUCCUACUUCCUGUCGAGGGCAAGGACGUGAACCAGUGGGAGCUGGUGUCUGUGGGUGCCAAGGGCAGCCCAGGUCUUCCUGCCUGGCAGCUUGGUCUCCAGAGAACUUACUACAAAAUACUCCUUUGAAAUUACAACGGUGGGUUAGGAAUCUUACUCCUGUGGGGCAGGAGGCUGUGGCAGCCUGUGACCUGAUGAGCUCAUGUUGGCUGAUCCCAUGUGUGGAAGGGACUCUUUCUUUUGGGGAAACCAAGGGCCAGCUCCUCCCCCAUCCCUCAGGUGCUAGAGACACCAGCAGAGUUGGGGCCACAGCAUGUCUAGAGGGGCCAGGUCCGAGCACAGCAGCUGUUGAAUCCCAGACGUAGCCACCUGAAGCCUGCAGCCUUUCUCCCAGCUCUUGGGACUCUGACAUCUUCAGGCUCCACGGCCGUGUCCUUGUCAGGGUGAGGCCAUGUCUGUGAGCCCAGGUGCCUGGAGCUGACGCAGGAAGGGACUGUGAACCCUGAGUGAGUGCCGUCUCCUCCGACUGAAGCCUCUCGACCUGGAGAUGAUAGUUACUUCUGGCCACGGUUGCUAAGCACGGGCAGACCAGUGUGUGAGUUCUCUCUGCCUGCUCUCCAGUCCUGCGGAUGAAGUGAGACCCCUGGGGAGAAUGGGGGUGUGGAUGGAGUGAACUGCAGCCUUGGCCUAGCCACUGGGCCUGGAUCCUUCUGGGUCAUGUGACUGUGUAUCUAGGAGCAGAAACUUGCAUUCUCAGGAUUCAGGAUCAACGCAGCACCAAAGAUGUGUUUGCAGAACAGACCUAGAAGUGGGCCUGUUUAGCAUUUCAGAGUCAGGCAAAGCAUGCAGGGUGGGGGAGCACCUGUGGGUCUACGCAGGAAGGUUCCUGUGAGGCCUCCAGUUGCUGCCUAGCUUGCUGGUAACUUUUGCCCCUCUGCCAAGCCCUGCCAGGCUUCCUUGACUGUGACGGUGCUCUGUACCAUCCUCCUUGUCUUGGCGUAAAAACACCUUUAAAGUGCGAGUCGUGUGCUUCUGUGCCCUUCUUGGUCCUGUUCCAAUCUUGUGCCUCCCACUCAGUCCCUGGGGACUGUGGGCUCGCUGUCCCCUACCCGUGGCCGUUCCAUGUGUCCCGUCCAUCCCGAACUGCCUCGGAGCUCCAGGCUGACCAGAGACAAGCCCCCCUUGGGUCACCCUUGCCCUCCGUUCCUUCUCCCUUACACACAGCAAGCCCCCUUUCUCCACGCACGCUCACCAUAGCCGCCUGCCUUGGGACCUGGCUGAGACUGCCAGCCUCCCGGAGGAGUGGAGUCCAUCUUAGUCGCUCAUGCAGUGCAAGCCCGCUUCUCACCCAGCAAGGUCCACUCCACUGCCUCCAUUCUCUGGGGCUUUGCUCUUGCCCUGAAACCUGGCUGGGCUGCUGUUGCUCCCAGCUUGCUGCCCCCUCCUCAGAUGUCCCUCUGUAGACCCCUGUCGUUCCUCAGGCACCAGUGUCCUUGCCUGCCAUGGCCCGCCUUAGUCCUCUGCUCCUCAGGGGCGUGUCCCCUGGUCACCAGGCAUGGGAGCAGCUGCCUGCAUUGUCUCCCAACUCUUCAUCCCCCAUAUUUUCCUGGGCCAUUCGGGGCUGACCUCCAUUUUUGGGGAAUGUGACUGAGCUGUGGGAACCGAACGAGACCCCUGCUGCUCUUUCCGUAGUGGCGCCCGCUCAUCUUGCUGAUGCAAACUGGCAAGUUAGGCUGCGACUCGGGGUGGCCUUCGUUAGGGAGGUGCUUUGUUGUCUCAGACGCAGUCACUGUUCCCUUGUUCCCUCCCUGUCUCUCCAUCUCCACAGCUGUUUGCAGCCCUCCCAGGUACUUUGGGGUCUGGGCUGGAUUUCCUUUCUGGUUUGCUUUUCUGCCUCUCUUGCUGUGUUAAGAAAGAUCCUGCAAAGGGAGAGUGGCAACCCUGUUGCUGCUGUGCCAGACCAGCGUUUCCUGAGGGGCCCAACGCUAACCCUCAGCCCCGGGCCCCUGACCCUGUAAAAGAGCGGGGUUUGCUGACUAUGAUCCCUGACACCAGUAAAACCAAAAGGGAUCUUGGGGCCCAUCGUGAGAGCCAGGGUUACCCACUCUGCCAAGGGAGGACAGAGUGCUAGGUUCUAUCCCAUAAUUUCAAGACAAAACACGUAAACCAUAAAAACUCGUAAAUAGGAUUUCAUGACGAACGAA